AUGGUUAAAAAGAAAGAAAAUGAAGCUUUAACGGUAAGAAAAAUUUUAGGAUUUUGCAUAUGCCUCAUGAUUCUCUAUGCACUUUGGCUAAGACUCUCUAGAAAGAGGCUGCUCAUAUGCAGAUGUGUAUGUAAGCCUUGGCGUAGCCUAAUCUCGGACCCAGAAUUUGCAAGGCUGCACUUUGAGCAAGCAGAGGCGUUUCCUUUGAUUCGGUCCUCAUCUCGAACCCACAUUUCAAGAAACCUUUACUUGGUUGAGCCACCUGAAGACAACCCUGGUUUUGAGAGCCAUUUUCAAAUGAAGCUUGAAACCAAGUUGAAGGUCCCACUUCGCAAUGCAGAAUUGGUGAUGAAUGGUGAAGGUGAUGCCAAUGUGGGUUGUAGUUCUAAAGGUGGUGUUAAACGAAAGUGGUGCAUCAAGUUGUUGCCCAAAGAACACAAGCUCAAUGUAGUGAAUUCUUGCAACGGAUUGCUUUGUUUGUCUGAGCCAUCACUUAACGAUCCCUUUAUGGUGUGUAAUCCGAUCACAGGGGAGUUUAUAAACCUUCCGAUUCCUACACAAGCUGAUGAGAGUUCCAAAAAGUUUAUUGAUUCUGGUUUGGGUUUCAGUCCAAAGACAAAUGAGUAUAAAGUGAUCAGGAGGUUUGAUCAACAGGAACGAAUCCGUGAACCCAUUACGAGCAGAGAAUUGUUUAGCGGAAGGGGGGCUGAGAUACAUACUCUUGGCACAAGGUCAUGGAAAAGGAUUGGUUGUGCACCUUGCUCAUUCCUUGGCUAUAACCUAGGAUUCCCAACGUAUCUAAGUGGUUCUCUUCAUUGGCUUCUUAUCGACAUCAACAUCUCGGAUUACAUAAUUUCAUUCAAUUUUGAUAUGGAGAGGUUCAAAUCAGUUCCACAACCUCCACUUAACUAUGGGAAGAUGAGCUUGGAUGUGUCGCGGAGUAUGUCCUUGGGGACGUUGAGAGGCAGGCUUUGCCUGUGUGAUUGUUCGAAUUAUGGACAUAUAGACUUAUGGAUGAUGGAAGAAUACGGUGUUCAAGAAUCUUAGAAGAAAGCAUUCUGUAUUGGUACAAAAACUGAUCAUGAGAGGUGGCUUCGUGGUUUAUAUGAACCAAUGAGUUACUUGAGAAGCGGAGCCAUAAUGUUUUUCCAUCGUUUGAGCAAAGCUGUGUUCUUUUUUAACGCCAAAGAACAGUUCAGCUCUCUGAAGUUUCUAAAGGUUCGUGGGAUUAAGUCAAAAUUCGAAGCCAUUGCUCACAUUCCAAGCUUCACUUCACUCAAAGAUAGGGUGACGGAUGAUGAUCUGGAAGUGUUGAACACAUCAAGGUGUGCAGGGUUCAAAUUACCGGGGGAGACUAGGGCUCUUUUCUUGAAGGAGGAAAAUGAAUAUUUCGAUUCAGAUUUUGGUUUGUUAUCCUAUCUCGAAUACAGGGAUAUGCAUUGCGAAAGCGACUACGCCAACUAGCAAGUGCUGGUGGCAAACUUGACGAAAGGAGCGAGUGAUGGAGGCAAAUUUUAUGCAGCCAAAAAGAGGGUUGACGAGUUUUGGCAAUUCAAGCUUAUGUCCAGAAUCAUUUCCGUUUGUCCUCUCUAAACUUCCUGUUUUGAUUACAUGUACUGUAAGCUUUUGUGGGUUUGAACUUGUUUAAUAUCUUAGUUCAACUCUGUUAAGAAGCUAGAGUCGCAAGUACCUAAUCUUGCAUGACUUCUAAGAAACU